AUGCCGUCGCCUCGCCAGGCUCAGGCUUUUUCAUCGUCGACGUCGUCAGAAUCGUCCUCAGUGCCGCCCCUAGACGAUCCACUCACGGCCCGCGCUGCAGGUCAAGACAGCCCGUUUGGCGAUCAGAGUCCGAGAGCAUCGUUGCAUCCAGUGCUACAAGUCAGUCAAGACUCUGUGCCAGUAACACAAGAAUUCCCAUCUCUCCCAUCGACGAAAACACGCACUUCUCUCAAGCACAAGUACUCGGAUCUUUUCACUGCCGCUGCCACCGAGACCGCUUCCUCUGAUAAUGCUGGCCCAGCACGUCGACCCACGAAUGACGAUGCGCUCGACCUUGGCUCUCCUGGCGUUCUUCUCAAUCGUAAACGUAGCGUUCUCGCUCCCGCCUCCCCCGAUGCCUCACCUAUACGUCAACGGACGGGCAAGGGAAAAGCCGCAUUGCUGGGCGGCUUUCAGGCUGCAGACGACUCAAAGCCAGACAAUCCUUCCUACUUGCGGCCUCCAUCUUUCGCCGAGUCACAGUUUGCUACCAUCAUUCGUCGUCAGAGAAAGAGACGAAUCGUCUCGCCCACCAAUAAUCAACAAUACGCUGCCGUCUCGUCCAUCCUCGAUCUCGAAGCAUCCACGCCAACCGACACACCGCCGUCCAAUCAGCUUCCAUAUGCCGCCCGCGCUGACGACGCGAACGCCACCGAACUUGGCUGGACAAACGCGCUCCGUCGCGGUGAGCUCAAGGCCACACUGGAUUGCCACCACGACGUACCCACUACCACGCUUGUUUCGGAUCGCCAAGAUCCACUCAUGGCCACACAUCGUGCCUGGGAAUUCGCUGGUUGGGGUUCCAUAUCGCUCCUCGAGCUGCCGGCUUCACCCUUGAACUCGGACAAUCCUCGCACCGCCCAACCACCACGUCUCCAGUUCGGCCAAUGGAAGGCCUCUGCUCUUGCAGGUAACGCCGUCACGGGCUCGGUGUUCUAUGCGCUCCCCGCCGUCGUCGCCGUAUCUUCGGUGCUGUCGCCCAUUUCAAUCCUCAUCGCCUGUCUGCUGCUCUACCCCUUUCGUCCCAUCAUCUGCGAGCUAGCCUCUGCUCUCAGCGCAAGCAAUGCAGGCAACUACUCGUAUUUGGUCAACAUCUCCACCAAACUCGUCGCCGUCUUGGCAGCAGCCAUCACGCUCUUGGACGCAGUGGCCACGGGCGCCGUCAGUGCUGGUACCGCAAGCGCCUACAUCGCAGGCGAGACGCUGACCAGCCAUGCCCACAUUGAUGGCCGCCUGAUAUCGGUGCUGCUGCUCGUUGGACUUGCGGCACUGUGCCUGACGGGCUUGCGUGACUCGAGCAGCGUCGCUCUGGGCAUGUUUUUGCUCCACGUGCUCACCAUGGUCAUUCUCAUCAUUGCUGGAGUAGUCGCUUGGAUCCGCUCUGGCAACUCGCUUUUGCACGACAACUGGUCCAUUGGCAUGGCCUCACUCCGUGCACCAUCGACAGGCAAAGGCAUCGUGCGAGCCAUCUUUGACGGUGUCUGCGUCGCCUUUGUCGGCUUGACCGGAUUCGAGUGCAGUCCUUCCUACAUCAAUCAGGUGAAGCUGGGCGAGUUUCCCAAAGCGCUUCGCAAUCUGCACAUCAUUGUCGUGCUGACCGAGGCGCCACUGAUGCUGCUAGUGCUCGCGCUGGUUCCCAUGGAUGCCAUCCUGGGUGGCUCCAACGUGCUUGCCUUGCUGGGACAAGUCGCCGGAAGAGGUGCAUGGCUCAAGCUAUUCGUAGUGGUCGAUGCCUGCCUGGUUCUCUGCGGAGGCAUCAUUACAGGCAUCGUCGCCUUCUGCGGGCUCGUCGAUACGCUGUGCGACGACCGAGUGGUGCCUCGAGCGCUGCAACGCCGCCUACCCAAGACAGGAGCCACGUAUCCGUCCAUCGCCCUGUUCCUUGCACUAACGUUGAUCAUGAGCGCCACAUGUAGCUUCAGCCUGACAACGCUCUCGUCCGUGUUCAGCGUGUCCUUCCUGUGCGUCAUGACGCUGUUUGGCAUCUCGCUCGUGCUGCUCAAGUAUGCGAGACCGUCGUUGCCGCGAUCGCCCACCACGAAUCUAGGUAUGGUGCUGCUAGGCAUCGGCAUCGGCAUCACUGCCAUGGCGGGCAAUUUUGCUCUUUCGCCCGUCAUCAUCUUUCAGACGCUCGUCUACUUUGUCGCCAUGGCGGCGGUGCUGGUGGCUUUAGCUCGUAGAGUGGAUCUCGCACGUAUCUUCGUGUGGCUGGUGGAGCAACAGCGCUCGUCUUGGCUCGGACGGCUCCCAGUCAAGCUGGAAAAGCAGCUCAUUGGCUGGAUCCGGAAUGAGCGCAAACACCCCGUUAUCUACUUUGCCAAGACGGACGAUAUUUCGGUGCUGGCCAAUGCGCUCUACUACAUUCAGCAGAACGAGCCUACGUCUCAGUGCAAGCUGGUGCAUUGCUACAAGUCGAUCGACACCAUCCCGGAACAGCUCGACGAGACGUUCCAGCUGGUGGACGAGAUCUUCCCCACUGUCACGGUGGAUCUCGUCUUUGUCGAAGCGCCUUUUACACCGCAGGUGGUUCAUGCCAUCACGCACCGUCUUGGCAUCCCCAUCUCUCGAUCGUUCAUUUCGUGUCCGAGUGGCCGUGGAGCGCUGGUGGGCUCGCAACACGCGCUUAGCGACUACGGUGGACUCCGCAUCAUUCUCCCCUAG